AUGUCGAGAACAGUGGAUUACUUCCAGACCUCGUCUGUCCUAAUGUUCCUCCGCAUCUCAGUGCUGCGCCAUGUGCUCUCCGGCAGCCCUGUCAGGGUGAAGCAGCUACUCUUCUUUGUUGUCUACUUCUUCAUCAUUGUCUUAUUUGUCGUCUACUUCUUCGUCAUAGUCUUCUUUGUUGUCUACUUCUUCGUCAUUGUCUUCUUUGUUGUCUACUUCUUCGUCAUUGUCUUCUUUGUCGUCUACUUCUUCGUCAUUGUCUUCUUUGUCGUCUACUUCUUCGUCAUUGUCUUCUUUGUUGUCUACUUCUUCGUCAUUGUCUUCUUUGUCGUCUACUUCUUCGUCAUAGUCUUCUUUGUUGUCUACUUCUUCGUCAUUGUCUUAUUUGUCGUCUACUUCUUCGUCAUAGUCUUCUUUGUUGUCUACUUCUUCGUCAUAGUCUUCUUUGUUGUCUACUUCUUCGUCAUUGUCUUCUUUGUCGUCUACUUCUUCGUCAUUGUCUUCUUUGUUGUCUACUUCUUCAUCAUUGUCUUCUUUGUCGUCUACUUCUUCGUCAUAGUCUUCUUUGUCGUCUACUUCUUCAUUAUUGUCUUAUUUGUCGUCUACUUCUUCGUUAUUGUCUUAUUUGUCGUCUACUUCUUCGUCAUCAUCUUUGACGUCUACUUCUUCGUCAUCGUCUUCUUUGUCGUCUACUUCUUCAUCAUUGUCUUCUUUGUCGUCUACUUCUUCAUCAUUGUCUUCUUUGUCGUCUACUUCUUCGUCAUCGUCUUUGUCGUCUACUUCUUCGUCAUCGUCUUCUUUGUCAUCCACCUUUUUGUCAUUGUCUUCUUUGUCGUCUACUUCUUGACUAUUGUCUUUUUUGUCGUCUACUUCUUCAUCAUUGUCUUCUUUGUCGUCUACUUCUUCGUCAUUGUCCUCUUUGUUGUCUAUUUCUUCAUUAUUGUCUUUUUUGUCGUCUACUUCUUCAUCAUUGUCUUCUUUGUCGUCUACUUCGUCAUUGUCUUCUUCAUUGUCAUCUUCUUUGUCCUGAUCUUCUCCGUCAUUGCACCGUCAGGUGGGCCGGAGGAGCAGCGGGGCGCCCUCGGGGACAUGAAUGACAGGGACCUCUUUGAAGUGCAGUGCGACCCCUCCCAGAGCCCCACCCUGCCGCACCACACCACAUAUGGACUGGGCUGA